AUGGGUGACUCCUACGCCGCCGCCUUCCCCAGCGCCCCGGGGCUGCUGUCGCCGUCCGCCAGCCCCCAGGCGUCCCCCGGCCCCUACGGCCCCGACUACGGCCCCUUCGGCCACCCCUUCCCAGCGCCCUCGGGCGCCCAGGAGGUGCUGGGGGCUCCCGUGGUGGUGGCGGCCAAGGGGCACCCCGCGGGCGAGUGCCUGCCGGGGGUGUACCCCUCGCUGGAGAUGCCGCACCCCUACGGCUCCUGGUACAAGGGCGGCAUCGGCGGGGGGCUGCCGGGGGGCUCCGGGCCCGCCGCCCCGUCCUGGUGGGACGUGCACCCCAACGGGGGCUGGCUGGGGGGGCCGGCGGGCGCCGAGGGGCUGCAGGGCUCUCUGCAGGGCCAGCCCACCCUCAGCCCACCUCUGCCCAGCUACGGCUCCGAUUUCGGCGCUCUGAACCCCCCUCCUUACACCAACGCCCCCGCCGCGCCCCCCGCCCCUAAAGCCGCCCCGGGCGAGACCCCCAAGGGUCCCCGCGGCGGCUCCUUGGGGGGACGCCCGGCCUGCGACUGCCCCAACUGCCAGGAGCUGGAGCGGCUCGGGGGCCCGGGGGGGUCGCGGCGGAAGCCGGUGCACAGCUGCCACAUCCCGGGCUGCGGCAAGGUGUACGGCAAAGCCUCGCACCUGAAGGCUCACCUGCGCUGGCACACGGGGGAGAGACCCUUCGUGUGCAACUGGCUCUUCUGCGGGAAGCGCUUCACCCGCUCCGACGAGCUGGAGCGGCACGUCCGGACCCACACGCGAGAGAAGAAGUUCACCUGCCUGCUGUGCAGCAAGCGCUUCACCCGCAGCGACCACCUCAGCAAGCACCAGAAGACCCACGCCGAGCCCGGGACCCCCAAGCCGCCCCCCGGCGCCGAGCAGCCCCCCGCGUCCCCCCGGCCGCCGCCCGCCUCGCCCGCCAAGGACGGCGGCAGUCCCGAAGCCGGGAGUUUGUUGGAGAUUUGA